UGUUUGCCGAAAAAUUAACACACCAAUACAUUGAAGAAGGUAACGAGUUUCUUACGAAGGGUCAAUACGAUGAUGCUUUAAGAAGUUUUGAAGCUGCUAUUAAUCAAGAUCCAAAGAAUUACCUUUCUUAUUUUAAACGAGCUGCAACUUAUUUGUCAUUGGGUAGAAGUACAAAGGCCCUUCAAGAUUUUACAACGAUAUUGAAGCUAAAACCGGAUUUUGAUCAAGCAUUGUUGCAUCGCGCUAAAAUAUAUGUAAAGGAAUUGUCUUUAAUCGAGGCGAGAAAAGAUUUACAAAAAUAUUUGAAGAAGAAUGAUAAAGAUACUGAUGCUAGACAAUUGCAGCUGAUAAGAGAUGCCGAAAACGCCCUCGCUAAGGAAAAUUAUGAUGAAUGUAUUGAUUUAGUAUCUAAGGCUAUAAUAAUUUCACAGCGUUCGGGUCAAUUAAGGUUAAUGAGGGCGGAAUGCCAUUUGGCAAAAGGCGAAAUAGAGGAAGGCGUCAGAGAUUUAUCGUCAACUUCACAACUGAAUCCAAACAAUUUAGAUCUCUUGGUCCGUCUCGCUAAACUUAAUUAUUUUACAUUGUAUAAUCCUGUACAAUCAAUACAAUAUGUUAAACAAUGUACAAGAAACGAUCCAGAUAAUAAAAUAUGUAUAAAACUUAAUAGAAAAAUUAAAAAAUUCGAAGAUGGUGUAGAAAAGGUUUCAAAAGAUAUUGAAGGACAAAGAUUCUUAUCAGCUACUAAAAAGUUAUUCGGUACAAAAGAAUCUAAAGGUCUUAUUAAAGAAGUUGAUGAAGAAUUAAUAACAUUAUCGGAAGGUAGACAAAAGAGUGAAUUAUUAACUAAAUUAUAUGGUUGGGCAUGUAAAGCAUUCGGCGAAGCAGCAAAACGAGAGACGAAGAACAAAGGCAAAUUAUUUAAAGAUGCAUGUAAAUGGUGUAGUGAGACAUUGAAAUUCGAUGAAAGGAAUGCAGAGGCUUUGAUAUAUCGUGGUGAAGCAUAUCUAAUGGAAGAAAAUUAUGAGGGAGCAAUGGAAGAUUUUAAGAAAGCACAUGAUUUAACACAAGGACAAGAUGAUCGAGCAAAAGUCGGAUACCAAAAAGCAAGCCGUAUGCUUAAACAAUCAAAGAAAAAAGAUUAUUAUAAAGUGUUAGGAGUAUCAAGAACGGCAAGUAAAAAAGACAUUAAAAAAGCUUAUAGAAAAUUAGCUCAAGAAUGGCAUCCUGAUAAAUAUAAGGGUGAUUUGACACCCGAUCAAGUUCAGGCUAAAAUGUCUACUAUUAAUGAAGCUUAUGAAGUAUUAAAUAAUGAUGAAUUAAGAGCUAAAUUCGAUAACGGAGAUGAUCCAAAUGAUCCAAAUGGUGGAGGACAACCAUUCUUUUAUAAUGAUAAUAAUCCGUUUAUGCAAUUCACUGGAGGAUUUCAAUUUAGUGGAUUUCCUUUUGGAGCUUCUGAAGGUGGCGAAGGUCAACAUUUCCACUUUUUCCCCUAA